AUGCAGGGCAAUGCAGAGCGGAAGCCAGAGAUGCUGAUGCUCUACAUCUAUGUCGAUAUUAAUAUAAACAUAAGGCAAUGCAGAGAAGCAGAAGCUGCAUAUGCCGAUGCUUUACUUGGGACCGUUGGUCAAGAAAGAUCAGGUGGGUCCGGGACCAGAAAGUCCUCCACCGUGACGUGGGCCCCGUCACGGGGUCGCUUUCGCCGCCGUUAUCUCCCUUGCAAUCUCGGAUCUCCCGCCGUCUCGCCGUCUAUUGGCGAUCGCGCGGAGAUCAACAUCACGGAUCGGUUGGUUCUUCGACAGGCCUCAGAUCAGAGCAUUCGAUCCAGUUGUAAGAUAUCCCUGAAAGCAUCUCCUCCAUCCGAUCCAACAAGGACGGAACCGGAAGCGACGCUCGGCCUUCGCCUUCGUUCCUUGUAUAGUUUGUUCUCUCCCAUUUUGUUUCCUGUUGUUAAACAUAGAACAAUCGAAGGUGAAAGUGAAGGGCCCAGAUUAUUUGGAGAAGGCUGCGUUUGUAUGCUCCCUUUUACCUUUCAGAACCCAAAUGCAAGGCAUCAUCUUCCUCGAACGAUCCUGAGAGGUCCAUUAUACGGUGUCAUAAAAGGUCAGAGGGCUAAACAAGGCAACAAGAGCUGAAUCGAGAAAGAAGCACAUCUUCC